AUGGUUCAUCAUUCACAUAAGUCAAAUAUAUCUCUACAAGGUCCUUCGAGAUCACAUACAGCACUUCCCAGUGCUAUGAAUUCAGCUGUAAAUGCAGAAGAUUCCUUAUAUCAUGUCUGUGAUUUGACACGUCGUAGGCUGGGACAUUUACCUCAAUUACAACCUUAUUUGAAUUUAGCAUACUCUUCAAGUGAAUUGCUAAGUGAAAGGCAAUCUCUAUUCUUGUCACAGAAACAGCAACAGCAUAAAACAUCGGGCCACCAUAGCGUCAAUUCUGUUUCCUCGAUUGAUAAUACCCCUAGUCAUGCUGGAACAACCUCUACAUUAAGAUCGAGUGCAAUAUCAGGUAGUAGUCUAAAUUCCUUAGAUGGUGUCACUUAUACUACGUCAAAUUCAAUUCCAAAUAAUGGUUCUCCAACUAAUGGUAAUAGUGAAGAAGCCCUAUUAACUUACAGCAUGGGUAUUUUACCUAUUUCUAUGGAUUGUGAUCCUGUAACUCAAUUAUCUCAAUUAUUCCAACAAGGUUCUCCAUUAUGCAUUGUUUUCAAUGCCGUUAAACCACAAUAUAAACUUCCAAUCGUUUCAUCUGAUGAUCUAAAGAUUUGUAAGAAAUCCAUAUAUGAUUUCAUAUUAGGCUGUAAAGAACAUUUUGCAUUUACUGAUGAAGAAUUAUUUACGAUAUCAGAUGUAUUUUCUAAUACAACUGGUCAUUUAAUAAAAGUCUUAGAUGUUGUAAAAACAUUAUUGGAUUCAGCACCUGAAAUAUUCCCAUCUUUGGAAAGUGUCAUAAAGGAAAGAGAUCAUGAAGAAGAAGAAUUGAAAUUAAAACGUAGUACAUCAUCAAGUAACGAAUAUUUUAAAAUUAUGAGAGAAUUUGUUCAAACAGAAAGAAAAUAUGUUCAUGAUUUAGAAAUCUUGGAUGAAUAUAAACAACAACUGUUGGAUAAUAAUAUGAUCACAUCAGAGGAACUGUAUAUGUUAUUCCCCAAUUUAUCAGAAGCAUUAGAUUUCCAGAGAAGAUUCCUCGUAUCUAUUGAGAUUAAUAUAUUAGCAGAUCCAUCAAGACAAAGAUUAGGUGCGCUGUUCAUGCAUUCGAAGCCAUAUUUUAAACUGUAUGAACCUUGGUCAAUUAAUCAGAAUGCAACUAUUGAUUUUUUGACUGCAAACUUAGAGAAAAUUAAUGAUGUUUCCUUUGUCAUUGCAAAUAAAUUAGAAUUGCAGUCAUUUCUUUAUAAACCUGUUCAAAGACUUUGUAGGUAUCCUCUGUUAUUAAAGGAACUAUUAAAUGCAUGCCGAGCCCAGAGUAAUAGUGUUAAAGAGUUAGAAAUGGCUUUAGAUAUUGCUAAGAGUAUUGCAAGAAGUAUUAAUGAGAAUCAAAGACGUACAGAAAAUCAUGAAGUUGUCAAAAAAUUAUAUAAUAGAGUGGUUAAUUGGAAAGGUUAUAAAAUCAGCAAAUUUGGGGAAUUAUUAUAUUUUGAUAAAGUUCAAAUCUCAACAAGUAAUACAUCUGAAGUUGAACGUGAAUUUAAUGUUUAUCUUUUUGAAAAAAUUAUUAUUUUAUUUUCAGAAAUAUUUCAAAAGAAAUCGAAUUCAUUAAGUUUAAAGACUAAAAAACAUUUAAAUACGGCCUCAAGUUUAAGUUUAUCCACUACUCAUACAAAUUCAAGUCAAACUGGUAGCAUUCAUAGCGUUACUGAACCAAAAUUAGAUUUAAGGGGGAGAAUCAUGAUUAUUAAUUUAAAUUCUGUUAAUCCGCAAAGUACACAUUCAUUAAGUAUUACCUGGGAAUCUCCAAAAGAACAGGGUAAUUUUAUAUUAAAGUUCAAAAAUGAAGAAAUUAGAGAUAAUUGGUCUUCAUGUCUAAAAGCACUUGUAAGAAGAGUUAGAAGUGAAUCUUUUAGAAGUACUCGUAGUAGUAAUGGAUCCAAUUUUUCAUCAUCACCAAAUAAAGCUAGACACACACAUAAUAGUAUUUCAAAUAUUUCUAGUCCCAAAAGUAAGCAUAUAUCCGAUGUUUUACCAAAACAUCGUUCAUCACAAUUAGAAAAUGAUUCAAGAGUAAUUUCUGAAACCUAUAAAAAUUCUAUACCAGAAGGAUUUUUAUUAAUAAGGAUAGCAUAUAACGCAGAUUUUUAUUCUAUUUUGAUUGACAUUAAUUCAUCAAUUGAUCAUUUAUUACAAAAUAUAAAGCGCAAAUUAAAUCAUGCGGGAGCAGUUACUAAGGUGAAAUAUCAAGAUGAAGAUGGUGAUUACAUCAUGUUAGAAUCUGAUGAAGAUUGGAAUGUUGCCAAAGAUAUGUUAAAAGAAAAUAAUGAGCUUGUAUUGAAUGUCUGGGCAUAUUCAUAA